UGCGCACGGCCUCGCCUUGCCUUUUCUCCGCCGCCUCCUCCUCUUCAGAAGCCGAAGAAAGAGCUUCCGUCUCGGAGUCCGCCUUGUCUUAACGGUCUGAGUCGCGGCCGUCAGCCGUGAAAUUUUGUGAAAAUGUCACUUUAUCCUUCCUUGGAAGAUCUGAAGGUGGACAAGGUAAUUCAGGCCCAGACAGCUUUCUCUUCAAAUCCUGCCAAUCCAGCAAUUUUAUCUGAAGCUUCAGCACCCAUCUUUCAAGAUGGAAGUUUAUAUCCCAAACUGUAUCCUGAACUUUCCCAGUAUAUGGGGCUGAGUCUGAAUGAAGAGGAGAUACAGAGAAACUUGGCAGUGGUUCCUGUUGCUGAUUCUCAGGGGCUUGUUGCAAGGCCUUCUGCAGUGAAUUAUAUGGUAGCUCCAGUAACUGGAAGUGAUGUUGGAGUUCGUCGAGCAGAAAUUAAACAAGGGAUCCGUGAAAUAAUCUUGUGUAAAGAUCAGGAUGGAAAAAUUGGGCUUCGUCUCAAAUCAGUAGACAAUGGUAUAUUUGUCCAGUUGGUUCAGGCAAACUCUCCAGCAUCCCUGGCUGGGCUGAGGUUUGGGGACCAAGUUCUGCAAAUCAACACUGAUAACUGUGCAGGAUGGAGUUCUGAUAAAGCCCAUAAAGUUCUGAAGCAGAUACCUGGAGAUAGAAUUUCAGUGGUUAUUCGUGACAGGCCUUUUGAGCGAACUAUUACUAUGCACAAAGACAGCACUGGACAUGUUGGCUUUAUAUUCAAAAAUGGAAGGAUAACUUCAAUAGUAAAAGAUAGUUCUGCAGCUAGAAAUGGACUCCUGACAGAACACAACAUCUGUGAAAUUAAUGGACAGAAUGUAAUUGGCCUGAAAGAUCCCCAAAUUGCAGAUAUCUUGACAACAGCUGGAAAUGUAGUGACCAUCACCAUCAUGCCUUCCCAGAUUUUUGAACACAUAAUAAAGAGGAUGGCCUCAAGUAUUAUGAAAAGCAAGAUGGACCACACCAUCCCUGAAGUUUAAAACUAGAGCUGUUUUGUUGUGGAUGCAUCUAUAAUGAGAACUCUGCUACUCCACAUUCAUAUUCUGCACAUGAGCCUUUAAAACCCAAGAGGAGAGCUGCUGCAUUGAGCAAUUUGCAUUAUGAUGUUAAGGCUGGAAACAUCACAAUCCAACAUGUUAUUUUUGUUUACCAGCUGCGAAUUGUGUAGCUUUAUAUUAGCUUCACAAGACAUAAAACCAUGUAAUGCUUUUUUCAUAUAAUGUAAAUUUCUUCCACUUCCUAUAAGCUAUAGGAAUGGAAGAAAACUAACAUAUGCUGUAAGAGUUAGUAUUUACUAUUUGUGAUACAAGCCUGUUGCUGCUCUUUGUACUCUUUCAGAUAAAUUAGUUUUUCUACACUACUUUCUGCUUGCAAGAAUAUCUUCAGUGAUGACUUCUAGCGCUAGUAAUUUGUUUACAAAAGCAUGCCAGUUAAAACUGAGCAUACUGUUGCUAUCAUUCCAUAUGUAUUUUAAGUAAUGAAUAUAGUGUCCAUAUCUUAAAUCUUUUUAUUGCUUUUAUUCUAGUGUAUUUGACCUUUCACCAUGUUAAAUCAAAUAAAUUGUUGCUGAACUCACUUUCUAAUUAAAAUGGCACCAUAAGAUCAUGAUUAAUAUCUUUGUAUUAAAGCAGAUAUUCAGAAUGUUCAA